GGAGCGCGUCGUGAGCUGAGAAGGGGGUCGAGGGGUCGAGGCAAGGCCGGCGGGCAGGACGGAGCCGGCGAGGAACGGGGAUGGAGCUGCUGCGGACCAUCGCCUACCCGCCGGGCGGCGGCGGCGGCGGCGGUGCCGCCGCCAAGGGCUGCGAGGCGGCGGUGGGCAGAGCGGCCGGCGGCGAGUCGCGGAGAAAGAAGGCGGAGGAGCAGCCGCACCAGCACGCCCACCCCGCCGCCGAGGUCUCCCGGAUUAUAACCGACCCCACGACGGGGAAGCGAUACUGCCGCGGCAAGGUGCUGGGAAAGGGUGGAUUCGCCAAAUGUUAUGAGAUGACGGAUUUGACAACAAAUAAAGUUUAUGCUGCAAAAAUCAUUCCUCACAGCAGAGUAGCAAAACCUCAUCAAAGGGAAAAGAUUGAUAAAGAGAUUGAGCUGCACAGCAUGCUUAAUCAUAGACACGUUGUGCAGUUUUACCACUACUUUGAAGACAGAGAGAAUAUUUACAUUCUUCUGGAGUACUGCAGUAGAAGGUCAAUGGCUCACAUCUUAAAAGCGAGGAAGGUAUUGACAGAACCAGAAGUACGAUACUACCUCAGGCAAAUUGUGGCAGGGCUAAAGUAUCUUCACGAACAGGAAAUCUUGCACAGGGAUCUUAAACUAGGUAACUUCUUCAUUAAUGAGAACAUGGAACUAAAACUGGGUGACUUUGGCUUGGCAGCUAGGCUGGAACCACUGGAGCACAGGAGGAGAACAAUAUGUGGCACACCAAAUUACCUCUCUCCAGAAGUCCUCAACAAACAAGGGCAUGGCUGUGAAUCUGACAUCUGGGCCUUAGGCUGUGUAAUGUAUACAAUGCUGUUGGGAAGACCCCCAUUUGAGACCACAAAUCUUAAAGAAACGUACAGAUGCAUAAGGGAAGCAAGAUACAGCCUGCCUUCAUCUCUCUUGGCACCUGCGAAACACUUAAUAGCUAGCAUGUUGUCAAAAAAUCCUGAAGAUCGGCCCAGUUUAGAUGAAAUAAUUAGACAUGAAUUUUUCUUACAGGGCUUUACACCUGAUAGACUUUCUGCUAUCUGUUGUCACACCGUUCCUGAUUUCCAUUUGUCAAGUCCUGCUAAGAAUUUCUUCAAGAAAGCAGCUGCUGCUCUCUUUGGUAAAAAGGAUAAAGCCAGAUGCUUUGACGCACAUAUUACAGACAGACUAGCUAAAGAAGACGAAGAAAUCUACAAGCUCAGGCAUGAUUUGAAGAAGACAUCGAUAACCCAGCAGCCUCACAAACACAGAACAGAUGAGGAAAUUCAGCCUCUAAUCACAACAGUAGUGAAGCCGGGAGCGGUACCAGAAACUAAGCAGAUUGGAGACUCUAUUCGUAUGAUAGUCAGGGGAACUUUGGGAAGCUGCAGCAGUAGUAGUGAAUGCCUUGAAGACAGUACCAUGGGGAGUGUUGCUGAUACAGUUGCAAGGGUAUUGCGAGGAUGCCUGGAGAACAUGCCAGAAGCAGACAGCAUUCCCAAAGAACAGCUGACAGCAUCCUUCCAGUGGGUUACAAAAUGGGUGGACUACUCCAACAAGUAUGGCUUUGGAUACCAGCUGUCAGAUCACACUGUUGGUGUCCUUUUCAACAAUGGGGCGCAUAUGAGCCUUCUGCCAGACAAAAAGACAGUCCACUACUAUGCUGAGCUAGGCCAGUGCUCUGUCUUCUCAGCCACAGAGGCUCCUGAACAGUUCAUUAGCCAAGUAACUGUACUGAAGUAUUUCUCUCACUACAUGGAAGAGAACCUCAUGGAUGGAGGAGACUUGCCCAGCCUAACAGAUGUACGUAGGCCUAGGCUUUACCUCUUGCAGUGGCUUAAAUCUGAUAAAGCAUUAAUGAUGCUCUUCAAUGAUGGCACGUUUCAAGUGAACUUCUAUCAUGAUCACACAAAAAUCAUCAUUUGCAAUCAGAAUGAGGAGUAUCUCCUUACCUACAUCAAUGAAGAGAGGAUAUCCACAGCGUUUCGUCUGACAACUCUUCUGGUUUCUGGAUGCUCAUUGGAACUAAAACACAGAAUGGAAUAUGCUCUGAACAUGCUGCUGCAGCGAUGUAACUGAAGGAACUGACUCCGUUAAACCAAACGGAUGUUCUUGUUCACUGUGAAAUCUACAGUGGAGAUGGUGGAGCACCUAGUAUGUUGGUGAUGGAUGUGUGGUGGUACGAAAAAUUUACUGUCCUAGUGUGCUGGGCACGCAUCUAUUGGACAGAAGCCUAAACCUACUGUUGGACUAAAAUAGUGUGACAGGGAGUUUUUUGGACCAUAGCUUUCCUUGCUUGAUGUGUGUGUUAAAGAUAUUUUUGACUUGAACUGAGCAGAGUGUGACUGCUUGCUCUGUAAGACAGCAUUUCUGAUGGAGUUAAACUGUGAAUAUGCAUCUGAAAGGGGAGGGAAGGGAGAGCUCCAUUGUUGGGGAUAGCUGUAGUAGGCAGCUUCUGGCUGCUUAACUGUGAACUAUGGCCAUACUCUUUUUUUUUUUUUCUUUAUUUUUCAAAAAUACCCACACUUGUGGCUGGCAAAGUGCAUUCCUUGUUAAUAUGUUUUUGUAUUUAUUGCAGCCUAAAGUGAAGUAUUUAUUACACAACUUUUUUUUUUUUGGACCUUGGCAUUUUAAAUAUAAAUCUGUUGGCAAUAAAGAGAAUGGGAAUCUGCA